GUGGGGAGAAAUGGAAAACAAAUGUAUUAUUGACCUCUCUUCUGUGCCCAGGGGUUGUUUUUGCUGAUAUCUUUAUCAUGAAUCUGAUUCUUUGGGGUGAAGGAUCUUCAGCAGCUAUACCUUUUGGAACAUUGGUUGCUGUCCUAGCUUUGUGGUUCGGCAUUUCAGUGCCUCUAACCUUCCUUGGUGCCUAUUUUGGCUUCAAGAAACAGACAAUAGAGCAUCCUGUUCGCGUCAAUCAAAUUCCACGCCAGAUCCCUGACCAGUCAUUCUACACAAAGUCUAUACCUGGAAUCAUUAUGGGUGGCAUAUUGCCAUUUGGAUGUAUUUUCAUUCAGCUUUUCUUCAUUCUCAACAGUAUAUGGUCUCACCAAAUGUAUUACAUGUUUGGUUUCCUAUUUCUGGUGUUCAUUAUUCUCAUCUUCACGUGUUCUGAAGCAACUGUUCUUCUCUGUUAUUUCCACCUUUGUGCUGAGAAUUACCACUGGCAAUGGCGAUCAUUUCUCACUAGUGGAUUUACAGCAGUGUAUUUCUUAAUCUACGCAGUCCAUUAUUUCUAUUCCAAACUCCAGAUAACUGGAACUGCCAGUAUCAUUUUGUAUUUUGGAUACACAAUGAUAAUGACGUUGAUCUUCUUCUUACUCACAGGAACUAUUGGGUACAUCGCAUGUUUUUGGUUUGUGACCAAGAUUUACAGUGUUGUCAAGGUGGAUUGAAAGAACUAUCUUUCUGGAAAGUGUACGUCUUUUUGACAGAACUUUUGUUUACCGAGUUGAUUUGAUGUCUUGCACAUGGAAGAGUCUGGUUAAAUCAGAAGAGCUAUUGUACAAAAUACUGGCACCAAGUUUAUAUUUUUUAAUUAAAACUUGUUGGGAUAUAAAUCAUUUUGAAAUGAAUGCACACUUGUUCAGUUUGAAGGAAAAUCUGUCCUGUUUGCUUUUUUACAUUGGGAUUUGUUUAAAAUUUCCAUUAUAUUUUAUAAUUAUAUUUGCAUAGUAGCAUCAAAGGCAUGUGCGACACAAUAAUGUUUCUGUAAAUUGUGGUAUACACUGUCUACUGAAAUAAAGAUCUUCAAAAGACCUAUACAUUUAAGAUAACAAAAAAUCAGUGCAAUAAGCCAAAAAGACUUGGUUUCUAAUUAAAAUGCAUUUGGUUACUUGUUGCUUUCUCCAUUUUUCUACUCUUAUUGUUUAUUAAGAAACAAUACAGUUGUUAUGCAAGCAAUUAAGGAGUUUCUGUCACUUCUCUUCCUUUUUGCCUUCUUUUCAUGAGGUGUUGACAUAUUUUUACUGCCUCCUAUUAUGACAGCAGAGGGGGAAACUUCAGGUGAAUGGGUUAUUAUUCAUAAACUAACAUUCCAAUUUAGAGGCACUUGUUUGCAGGAAAUGAUAUAAUUCAUUGCUAUGAUGAAGCUGGCAAUGAUUUGUUUAAGAGUCGGCGACAUUGCCAUGAGAAUGGUUAAUCUGUCACACUAGAACAGAAUGAAAAAUAUAUGUAAAUCCAGUUUAGCCUAAAAUAGAUUAUUAAAAAGCUUACAUCCACAGAAUUUCCUGACUGGCUUUGCCAGCUGCAGCACUUAUUUUCUAUCUCAUCAAUUCUCAAAAAAGAUUGUUAUUCCUGUUUUAUUUUGCCCAUGAUGAGUUAGUUGCCUCGCCUGAUGAAAAUUUGUCUCUUGAUAUUUUCCUAUUAUAGUUUUUAGUGUCAUUUGCUUAAUUCUCUCUUCUCUUGGCAAAAACUUCAGUCUUGCUGCGUCACCUUGCAAUGCAGAAAGAAGCUUUAAAAACUUUUUUUGAAAAACGCAGACAUAUAAAUUGGAUCGUAAAGUGUAGGGGGAGUAGCACACUGGAGAAGACAGGAGGCUGGUGAAUGCUGGAGAAGACGAGAAGGAAAGAGGAGGAAAAUAGAAAAAUGACCGUUUUCCAUGCUUGUUUUCUUUGUAUUCUACAAACUACACUCGUGAACGAAAAGGAAAUACUUUACAUUAAUUAGAGGUUUACCUUUGGUAAUAGGCCUAUUUUAUUGAUUCUUGUUGAUUUUAUGAUGAUCAUUUGAACACUUUUUAUUUACUUAGGAACAAUUUUUAAUAUAAGUUAUGUUUUCUGUAACUAGAAACACUGCCAAACUUAAAUAUUUAUUAUAAUUGUGAAGGAAUGUAUUGGGCUGCUUUUCUUUAUUGGGAUGAUUGGUCAUUGUUGAAUACUGUAUUUUUUUUAUUCCAUUGGGAUGACAUUUUGCUGUGUGCCUCUGAAUCAUUCAAUUUGCAAGUCAACAAUAUGUUUUUCAAUAAAUCUUGUGUAAAAAUAAAA